ACCCUCAUCCUAGAAGCCUUUUGGCUGCAUUUGUAAACCUGAAUGAAGUAAAACAAGUGACACCUUCAUAAUUGGGGCAGAAAGUCAAGCUCACCCAGACUUCAGGUAUAUAUGGAGAUGUGUGUCAUUCCCUGAAUCAAAGUGCUCCCAGGCUGUCCUCAGUCGGCUCCUAAAGCGUCUCACCAUGAGUGUCAUCAGUGUCCUGUCCUGCCUCAGCCUGCUGUUGGCAGCUGCUGUCGCCCAGACACCCGAACCCUGCGUUGUCCCACCGCUACUGAGUGGACACCUCACUGUGAUGGCUUCCAAUGGACUUGUGUCGUCAACAGGGACAAUAAGCUAUGAUUCUUUUGGACAGAAGAUGCAUAUCAGGAGCACCGGUACUGCCGGCAAUGAGACCUAUGUUGUGGACCAGCUGUUCCUUUUCAACAAGAAUGUCUACUAUGAGAUGGACUGGAAAACAGUCUCCUGUAAGAAGAUGCCACUGAAUUCUGACUUCAUUCCCAUGCAAGUGCCUUCUGAUGCAAAACUGAUGGGCCAGGCAGUGAUGGGCUCCUCCUCCUCUUGGGGAAUGGGUGUACUAACCAACACCUGGUAUGGAGCCAUGUCAUCAAAUGGCUUCUACAUGAGCGUCUUCACUGAGGUUGGGUGCAUUCCUUUGACCUUCACCAGCUACACUCCUGAAGCUGGAUGGACCACAGUCAGCACCUUUAACUGGGUAAUAGGAAUCACAAACCCCAUGGGCUUCAUACCCCCUGUCUUCUGUGAUGAAGCCAGUCUGGAGGACAAAGAGACACCCGAUACCUUCUUCACUGCCCUGGAGUCUCUGGCCAUGAAGACCAAGAGAGGGAAGUAAACACCUGGAGCGUCUCUCCUGGACAGUCCUAUAUGGUCUAACUGCAGACAAUUGCAGACAAGACUAGAUUACAGGAUUGCUUGUGAAAGUCAAUAUAAUAAACUCAUUCACUCAUUCCUCCCUACAUUGUAAAAAUUGAGCUACUAAAUCAUUAAAAGGAACCUUUA